AUGGCUGCUGCUGGGAGUCCCAUCCAGGAUCUCUGUGAAGAAGCCACUUGUUCCAUCUGCCUGGAGUAUUUCAGGGAUCCAGUAAUGGUUACAGAGUGUGGCCACAAUUUCUGUCGAGCCUGCCUGAAUCAGUGCUGGGGGGAGAAGGACACAGAGGCCUCCUGCCCCGAGUGUAGAGGAACCUUCCAGAAGGAAAACCUCAGGCCAAAUAGGCAGCUGGCUAAGAUUACUGAAAUUGCCAAGAAAUUCGGAGAUCAGGGGACCAAGGGGGCAGAGGAGAAGGGGGGAGUCUGUGAGAAACACCAGGAGCCCUUGAAGUUCUUCUGCAAAGACCAUGAAACCCCCAUCUGUGUGGUGUGUGACAGAUCCAAGGAGCACAAAGAACAUGAGGUGGUUCCUCUAGAGGAGGCUUCCCAGGAGUACAAGGAUCUGAUCCGUCGUCGCCUGGAGAUUCUCAGGGAAGAGAGAGAAAGAAUUCUGGCAUAUAAGGCAGAAACAGAAAAGGAGAAUAAAGAACUUCUUACAGAUGACGCAGCCACAAAUACGAAGCCAUCCAGAGGCAAACCCUGGAAACUCCGCUCCCCAAAAAAGGAAACCAAAGCAGAGAGGAAAAAGACAGUGGCUCAGUUCAGACAACUCCGGCAGCUUCUGGAGGAACAAGAGAAGCUUCUGCUGACCCAGAUAGAAGGCUUAGAGGAGGCGAUUGCCAGGAGAAGGGACGAGCACCAGGCCAAACUCUCUGAAGAACUCUCCUCUCUUGAAAGCCUCAUCCAGGAGUUGGAGGAGAAGGGUCAGCAGCCAGCGAGUGAACUCCUGCAGGACGUGAGAAACACCUUGCAGAGGAGUGAGAAGGAGGCAUUUGAGAAUCCAGCAGCUUUCCCUCCAGAGCUGAAGCAGAAGAUCUGGGACUUCCAUGAAAUAAAUCCCUUUCUGGAGAGAGUCAUGAAGCAAUUCCAAGAUGUGCUGCUAACUGGACUACCUCUGAUGAAAGCAAAUGUCACUCUGGAUCCAGACACAGCUCAUCCCAGCCUCAUCCUGUCUGAGGACCAUAAAAGCGUGAGAUGGAGAGACAAACAGCAAGAUCUGCCCAACAAUCCUGAGAGAUUUGACCAACAUGCUUUUGUCCUGGGACGUGAGGGAUUCACGGCAGGCAGACAUUUCUGGGAAGUCAGUGUGGGAAGUGAGGAAGACUGGGCUGUGGGGGUCACCAGAAAGUCUGUGAGGAGAAAAGGCUCAAUUGGACUUGGUCCUGAGGAAGGGAUCUGGGUUGUGAGGUAUUGUGGAGGAGUAUAUAGGGCUUUCAACCCCCCUCAUUACCCUCGUCUGUCCCUGAGUGAAGAGCUCAAGAGGAUCCGAGUGGUUCUGAACUGUGCUGGGGGACGGGUGUCCUUUUAUGAUGCUGACAGGGGGACCCUCCUCUACACCUUCUCUGGAGCCUCCUUUGCAGGAGAGACAAUUAUGCCCUUCUUUUGUGUAUGUAAAAAGAGCCACCUCAGCAUCUCCCCUUAAGGCAGCUCAGAGCCUUCCUCACUCUCCCUCCUCUGCACACCAGACUGGUUGGUCUACUCUAAGCAUCAAACCUCCCUUUGUCAAGGGCUCCUUUUCCCCUUCUGCAAAGACCCCCUGAGAGGCCUCCAGUCACAGACACCAGAACUACAUGGACUAAAAUGGUGCCUGAUUUCCUCCCUCCCUUUUCCCAGACUUCUCUCAUCUCUAACUUCUUAAAGAGACAGAAGCCCAUGAAUAAUCCAUUCCAACAUUUUUUUUAACUGCAUUGCUUCCAUGGCCACAAAAAUUCUCUCUCUCUCUCUCUCUUUGCACAAACACACACACACAC